AUCAAUUUCUGAUUACCAAAAACGAUGGGGUGAUAGCGGGAAGCCCAGCAGCCAGGCCAGCCGACAUGGAGGGAUUGCUCGGCGAUCUGUACACCACAAGUCUUGAUCGUUUUGGGGCAAUCACAUCGGACGGCAAGAUGAUUUUCUUGGAGGAAGGAGUCAGGGUGGAUAGCAAGACCUACUUAAAAGGCGUGUUGGAGAAGGAGGACAUGGACUUAUCAGCAGGACUUAACUCCAGCACACAACUCCAAAAUGGUACAGGGCUGGUGCGGAACGCACUUCCCAGACCUCAUCUCGUCGGACAAUUGGCCCCGAAACAGACAGCUCCAAAUCCAUUGUACCAUUCCGUGUGGUCAGUUCUCAAGACGAAAGCCUAUUCUACUAAACAUAGAAGUUUGGAUGCUCCACGUGCAACGCCCGUUGAAGCAUGGGAGGAUCCGGACAAAGACUACCUCCGUGUCGCCGUCGACGCAUCUCCUAGGAGUAUUUCAGCCUGUAUUCGAAAAGACGCCAUUUCGAGAUCAAGGUUGUUUUUGUGA